CACACUGACCCACCUGCCUCCCUCUAUAGCGCUCCCACUCCACUGCGCAUGCGCAAACCCGGGCCGAAGGCAAACGCGUGCGCGGUGACAGCUGUCCCGAUGAUAUCGACUGACGUGUCUAGCGGUAACACAAUCCCGCAGAAGAACCGAGCAAAGAAGCCUAAGAAGAAAAAGAAACACCGCAAAGCAACCACAGAGACUGAGGUUGUUCCUAGUGUGGAACUCGGGCCUCAGAUCCAGUCCUCAGAUGAAGUGUGCCACAUCCUUACCAUUCACAGAGCCACCACUCCCCCAGACACACCACCUUCUCCUACUCUCAAUCUCUCACAAAGUCCUCCAGACCUUCAGCCCGUGACUCCAGAUCUCCAAGCCGUAGCUCCAGACCUUCAAGGCAUAGCUCCAGACCUUCACCUUGUAGCUCCAGAUCUUCACCCCAUAGCUCCGGUCCACUCCUCAGCCCCCAUCUCGGUCCCCGUUACAGCGCUUCCUUCUCCUUACAUACUCUCCUCCUCAGAAACACCUAGCUCAUCAAUACCUCCUUCAGUGGGCCUACCUUCUGCUUUCUCCACAACUCCUCCCACUCAGAUCGCCCCACUCAAUCUGAGAACUCCGCCUCAGGCCCUCAGUCCGCCCCUGCCCGAUUUUACCCCGCCUCCAGCAGAACUCCUGGGGUCAGAUGAUGAAGAGCAGGAGAAUCCUGCAGAUUACUGCAAAGGAGGUUAUUACCCAGUGAAGAUCGGAGACCUGUUUAACGGCAGGUACCACGUCGUCAGGAAGCUCGGAUGGGGGCACUUCUCGACCGUCUGGCUGUGCUGGGAUCUUCAGAGGAAGCGAUUUGUGGCCCUGAAGGUGGUUAAGAGCGCUCCACAUUACACAGAAACUGCCCUGGAUGAGAUUAAACUACUGAAAUGUGUUCGAGACAGCGACCCUACAGACCCCAAACGAGAAAUGAUCGUUCAGCUCAUUGACGAUUUCAAGAUCUCCGGUAUCAACGGUGUCCAUGUGUGCAUGGUGCUGGAGGUGCUUGGGCACCAGCUGCUUAAAUGGAUCAUCAAGUCCAACUACAUGGGCAUGCCUCUGGUGUGUGUGAAGAGCAUCCUCCGUCAGGUUCUACAGGGUCUGGAUUACCUGCACACCAAGUGUAAGAUCAUCCACACAGACAUCAAGCCGGAGAACAUUCUACUCGACGUGACAGACGUGUACGUGAGACGCCUGGCUGCAGAGGCGACGCUGUGGCAGAAAGCCGGAGAUCCGCCUCCCUCCGGCUCCUCUGUUAGCACGGCUCCAAGGGACAAACAGAUGGGCAAGUUGUCGAAAAACAAGAAGAAGAAGUUGAAGCGGAAGGCCAAACGGCAGCAGCGGUUGCUGGAUGAGAGGCUGCACGAUCUGCACAGGAUGGAGGAUUUGGACAGAUUUGGCGCACCGGACAUCCACGGAAACGCUCGGACGCUCUGGAAGCUCGGUGAAAACGGGGAUGAGACGGAAGCACACACACAGAUGAACGUUAACGGGUAUCACGCACCGGGCACAAAGGGCAGUCCCGAGUCAGGAUCGUCCUGCUGCGAGGACGGGUAUAACGGCUACGGCCCUCUGCGUUUCUCCAGUCCCGGAUCUGCUCUGUCUGGCACGUCAAGCUCCAUACUGUCCGCUACCUCCGAGUCUGCACUGUCUACACUGUCUGGAUACUCUACAGAGAGGGACAGCCAGAGAUCUGCGUCCUCCCCAAACAACUUUAGUGCAGCAGAUUUCCUGGUGAACCCACUGGAACCCCAAAACGCAGAUAAAAUCUCCAUCAAAAUCGCAGACCUGGGAAACGCCUGCUGGGUGCACAAGCACUUUACCGAGGACAUUCAGACGCGUCAGUACCGAGCGGUGGAGGUGCUGAUCGGGGCAGAGUACGGUCCUCCAGCGGACAUCUGGAGCACCGCGUGUAUGGCGUUCGAGUUGGCCACAGGAGACUAUCUGUUUGAGCCGCAUUCAGGGGAAGACUACACUCGGGAUGAAGAUCACUUAGCUCACGUCAUUGAGCUCUUGGGUUCCAUCCCGACCCAUUUUGCUCUCUCAGGCAGAUAUUCACGGGAGUACUUCAACCGCAGAGGUGAGUUGCGGCACAUCAGUAACCUGAAGCCUUGGGGUUUGUUCGAGGUGCUGCUGGAGAAAUACGAGUGGCCUCUGGAGCAGGCGGCUCAGUUCAGCGACUUCCUCCUCACCAUGCUGGAAUUUAUACCGGAGAAACGAGCUACUGCAGCAGAGUGUCUGCAACACCCUGGUUAAACUCUUAACACACACACACACACACACACACACACACACACACUGCCCGUGCUGUUUGGUAACCAGUGCACGGGUUAUAACCACUUUUCACUAUGCUGUCAGUAUUAAAGCUAAAAACCAGAAAGAACAGUAUCAUGAGCACACCGUUUUCUUAGCUAAAACCUCAAAACUAUCUUUCUUUUUAAACACACACACACACACACACACACACACACACACACACACACACACACAUAUAUUUAAAGACUCUUUGAUCUCUUUCCACGCUGCAGAUGUAUGUGGUGUUGACAGUUUUCAUCAUCCAAUCAUCUCGAUGUGUAGGUCAUGCGGUUUAUACAUUACAAUAGUGCCUUGAUGCUACAAACAAACAAACAAACAAACUCCUGGAUAUUGGCUCUGCCUUUUUUUAUAUUCGUCCGCCGUGUGAGGGAAUGCUUGUUGUUUUUUUGUGAACAUGCAGCACUAUACGUGAAGAAGAAAUGAAUAAAGAUAUGAACUCUUGCA